CAAUCACCAUUGACAUCGGUUCACAGUUAGAAAAUAUUGGAAUUAGUUACAAAUACUCCACACUCACACAAAAACCCUUCUCUUCUUUUUCUGUACCAGUCACGUACACUGCACCAUCUUCUUCAAUGGAUGUUUUCUUUGAAACCCAAAAAACCAAACCAUUCUCCAUUGAAUUGGGUUACUUCGAUACAAUCCUAGAAAUCAAAGAAAAGAUUCAAAAAUACCAGUCCAUACCCAUCACCAAACAAACCCUAGUUUUCAACGGCCAAGUUCUUCAAGACGAACGCGAUAUCGAACACUGCGGUAUCCUCAAUAACUCUCAUAUCCAACUCGUUAUAACCCCUGACAAUACCGAUAAUUCAAAGACUCAUCAGAAAAUCAAGACUGAAGAAUCACCCACCAAGAAAAUUCAAAUCAAUGUAAAAAUCCCGUCUUCGAACGUGCAUGUUCCGAUAGAAAUGGAAUUAAACGAUAAUGUUUUACGUUUAAAAGAAAAGAUUCAAGAAAUGGAAUCCGUGGCGGCCAACAGGUUGAUUCUGCAGUUCAACAAUGGAGAAUUAUCGGAUAAUCGGACGUUAAAAGAGUACGAGUUGUUGGAUAAUAGUGAGGUUAAUGUGAUUAUAAAGCCAUCCCCGGCGGGUUCAGGGACGGGAUCAGGUGGGGCGGCUACGGGGGCAGGAACGAGGAAGAUGAAAUUGUUGGUGUUGAGCAAGUGUGGGAAGAAGAUUCCGGUGGAAAUGAAUCCGUCGGAUAACGUUGGGGAGUUGCGAAAAGAGGUUCAGAAGUUGCACCAGAGGCUGCAUUUUCAUCUGCCGCAAGAAGGGUAUUUUUUCAUAUAUAAACAGAAUGUAAUGGACGAUGAUCGGUCGUUUCGUUGGCACCAUGUUAAUCAAGGUGAUACUAUUGAGAUCUUUAAUGGCAGUGUAACUGGUGGAUCUUAAUUCAUUUCAAUUUCAUUUUUAUGGGUAAUUUGCUUCAUUUGUUUUCAAUUAGUGUACUAAAUCAGCUUAAUUAGUCUUAUUUUGAUUUAGCAUUCUGAGUUUCUCUAUUGUAUUGCUGGUAUUUUGUUGAUAAUCGAAAAGGAGAGUGCUUGUGGGAGAAUAGAACCCACUACCUAAGUUUAUAUUAUUUGAGAUCUAAUUGGUUUGUAUUGCUGAUAUUUGACAGAGCUUGGCUUACAUAGUUGCACAAAAAUGCGGAAUGGUUAAAAACAAUGUCGUUUUAGGAAUAGUCGGAAACGAAACGACGUAUCAUAAAGACGACAUUGUCAGCAUUUUAGUAGUGAAUGUAAAACUCUUACACGGUGAAACGAUAGUUGUUGUAACAUUGACACUAAUGUUUGAAGUUAUAAUACCGAUUG